GUUGUUCUUAACUGUUGUUGUUCUUUACUGUUGUUGUUUUGAGUCAGGAGUUCUGAUUAGGUAGAAAGGUGAGACAGACAGGUGUACCAGGCAGGUGUUGUGAGACAGAUACAGGUGUUCCCAGGUAAGAUAUCUCCAGGCAGGUGUGAGACAUACAGGUGUUCCCAUCAAGUAAAAAGGUGAGACAGGUAUACUAGGUGUUGUGAGAUGUACCAGUGUCCUAGGUGAGGCAGACAGGUGAGAAUGGUCCAGGCAGGCGUGAGACAUACAAGUAUUCCCACGAGGUAAAAAUAACAGGGACAGACAGGUAGACCAGACAGGUGUUGUAAGACGUACUGGUGUCCCAGGUAAAACAGACAGGUGAGAUAUCUCCAGGCAGGUGUGAGACAUUCAGGUGUCCCCAGGUAAAACACACAGGUGAGGUAACAGCAGGCAGGUAUGAGACAGGUUUUCCCAUGAGGUAGAAAGAUGAGGCAGACAGGUGUCCCAGGUGAUGCAGACAGACAGGUGCAAGACAUUCAGGUGUUCCCAGGUAAAACAGACAGGUGAGGUAGCUCCAGGCAGGUGUACCUGUUGUUGACCAUGACUAACACUAACAGUCUGUUCCCCUGCAGUUGUUGUUCUCAGAGUCACCAUGGCCAGGAAGAAGGAGAUCCAGCUACAGGAGGAGCUGAGGAACCAGGAGCAAUGGGACGAUUUCCUGUCAAAGAAGGGGCUUGGCAUGAUUGAUGUGUACCAGGCCUGGGCGGGACCGUGUACCGCCGUGAACGGGAUGCUCCGCAGGAUCAAGAACGAGCUCGGAGAUGACCUCCUGCGAUUUGCCUCUGCCGAAGCUGACAACAUUGAGGCCCUGGAGAGAUAUCGGGGGAAAUGUCAGCCUACGUUCCUCUUCAUGGCGGGAGGGGAACUUGUGCAUGUGAUACGAGGAGCAAACGCACCGUUAAUAAAUAAAGCCAUACCGGAGCUGUUAAAGGCAGAACACAGUGUACUGGAGGACGGGUCCGAGAGGAAAGUGAUCACUGACCCGAUCUUUGACCAGGAAGACAAGGAGACGGAGGCAGAGGAGGAGGAGGAGAAGGAGGAGGAGGAAGAAGCAGGUCCUCAGAAGGAGGUGACAGUGGCCAUCAUCAAACCUGACGCGGUGCAGGCAGGGCAUGUGGAGGACAUCAUACAGAGGGUAAAAGACGCAGGGUUUGAGAUCCUGGCCCAGGAGGAGAGGACUCUGACUGAGGAGGAGGCUCGGGAGUUCUACAGUCACAAGGCUGAUGAGGAGUUUUUUGACGAGCUGGUUGCCUUCAUGGCGAGCGGCCCAUCCCACGUGCUGGUCCUGUCCAAGGGCGACGAGGCUGGGGCAGAGGUCAUCGACGAAUGGAGGAAGAUCAUUGGUCCGUUUGACUCGUCAGUUGCCAAGGAGGAGGCACCAGACAGCCUGCGCGCUCAGUACGGUACAGAUAAGAGCAUGAACGCCCUGCACGGCAGCGACUCACACGAGAUGGCCACACGCGAACUCGCAUUCUUCUUCCCCAACUUCCAGAUUCCCAAGGCCGAGGCGAAGCCUGCCCAGAAGAGACUACAGAGAACCCUGGCCCUCAUCAGGCCGGACGCACUCAAGAACCACAAGGAUGAGAUCCUUGCUAAGAUCCAGGAGGCCGGCUUUACUGUGGCCCUGCAGAAGGAGAUGCAGCUGACAAAGGACCAGGCAACAGAGUUCUACAAGGAACAUGAGGGACAGGACUACUUUGAGCAGCUGAUCGAGUCGAUGACGUGCGGGCCUCUCCUGGCGCUGGGGCUGGCUCGGGAGGACGCCGUGGAGCGCUGGAGGGAGAUGCUCGGACCCAAGGAGGUGCCUGCUGCACAGGAGGAGGCUCCUGAUAGCCUGCGUGCACAGUUUGCGGUGGAGGGUGUGUCCGUGAACCCGCUCCACGGCAGUGACAGCGUGGAGAACGCUGAGAAGGAGGUGCAGUUCUUCUUCCCCAUGCAGCAGACUCUGGCCGUGGUCAAACCGGAUGCCCAGGAACACAAAGAUGCGAUCAUCGCGAGGAUCCAGGAAGCCGGGUUCAACAUCGCGUUCCAGAAGGAGACGUCUCUAACGGAGGAGCUGGCUCAGCAGCUGUACACCGAGCAUGAAGGGAAGGAGUUCUACGGAGACCUGGUGGAGCACAUGACAAGCGGUCCGUCGCUCUUCAUGGUCCUCUCAGUGGAGGAUGCAGUGGAGAGGUUCCGGUCGCUGAUGGGGCCGACCGACCCGGAGGUGGCAAAGGAGCAGUGUCCCGACUCGUUACGGGCGCAGUUUGCGUCGGACAUGCUGAAGAACGCGCUGCACGGCAGCUCCAACCCCGACCACGCCCACGAGAAGAUCAAGGCCAUCUUCGGGGACAUCGAGUUUAACCCUGACGGCACGGUGAAGGGCAUGGAGCCGGAACUGGACAUGGCCACACAACCCAGCGCUGAGGGGGAGGAGGGAGAGAAGGAGGGAGAGGCUGAGGGAGGAGAGCAGCCAGCAGAGGAAGGAGAAAAGAAGGAAGAGGAAGAAGCAAAACCAGAGGAGGAAGGUGAGAAGCCUGAGGCUGAAGCACCUGCCACAGAAGAACAGAAGGAAGAAGCACCAGAAGGAGGAGAUGAGCCCAAACCAGAAGAAGGAGGGAACGAGGGAGCACAGGAAGAAACGAGUGCAGAGCAGGAGAGUGAGGCAAAAGAUGAAAAUGAACAGAAAGAGGCAGGUGAAAAUGAAGGGAGUGAACAGGCUGAAGGGAAUGAGGGAGAGAAAGAGAGUCCGGAGGAAGGGGGCACCGCUGAGGGGGAGGCUGCAGCUGAACCUGCUAAGGAGGAAAGCGGGGAGGAAAAACCAGAAGGUGGAGAAGCAGAGGCUGAAACUGCCCCGGCAGAAGGUGGUGGAGAGGGGGAAGGAGAGAAGGCAGCAGAGGAGGAAAAGCCAGCCGAGGAGGCAGAACAGAAGGAAGGAGAAAAGGCUGAGGAGAAGCCUGCAGAGGCCCCAGCAGAGUAGACUAACACACUACUCCUGCCAUAUUGUGUCUGCUGAUGAAUUCUGCUGAAAAGUUAAAUGUACAGUAGCCCUAAUACAUACAGCUCUGUUGUUUGAAUAUAGGAAAAGUAUGAAUCUUUAGUUACCAAAUAUGUCAGCUGUUUUCUAGGGUACAGGGUGCAAGUCUUUGUGUAUAAAUUUUCCAUUUUGUUUCAGUUACUGCAACAUUUGUGUCUAUAUGAUGUACUAAAUUAUCAUAAUAUUGUAUAUACACAGAUCACAUGUGGUGAAUAUUUGGUUUGAUUUUGUAUGGGAAAAUUUAAGUUCAGAAAAUCCACUUACAAGAUGCUCCAAGAUGUUUUGAUUUAGUCUUUACAUCCUUGAUCUAGUUAAUUAACUGGGCACAUUGUUCUAUUUUGCUAAUCUCCAAGCAGAUCUUUCUGUGGGGGGAGACGGUAUCAAAUUGUCCAGUCUGUAACCACGGUGGGAAAUGGUUCCAGACUGGCCAAUUGGAUACUGUCUUCCCCCACCCAAAGAUCUGCUUGGAGAUUACUAUUUUGCCACAUGCCAACAUUUAGGCCAUUGUCUAUUCGUUGUUUGGAUAAUGGUAUAAAGUUGUGUGGUCAGACACUUGUAGUGUUUUGUUCAGUUACUGUUUUCCUUUGUUACUCCUCUAUGUUUGAUGAAAAUAUACAACAUCAAGAAAAUGUAUUUUUAAAUAAAAUUGGACAA